ACUCAAUUUUAGGACCCAACCCAACACUUGAACCAAAUAACCUCAAAAGUUUAACUACUACACUUGUGUUAUAAUAACUACAUUUAUUUUGCUUGUCAAAACGACUAAAAUACUUUGUUUAUAGCAUGUUAAACGCAUUUUCUAGCAUGUACUGCCAGAAGUUAUUUUGAAUUCCAGUAAUUUCACCUUCACAAAUUUUAUGAGAAAGUGUUGACUUGGAUCCCACGAUUUCCUUUACGGUACAAAUUUAUUACCUGUUGAUAAUCUGACAACUUGUUCAAACUUUCGUUCAAGUACUGAUUUUUCAACUGAACAGAAAAUUUUGUUUGCCGGUAAAUUUUAGUUUUUCUGUUUCAUAUAACAUUUAUUGUAAAAGUUAUAUAUAUUUUUUUUUGCGUUGGUUGUUUUGAAAGAUAAUUACAACUGUUUCGCUUGUUGCUUGAUUUUUUAAUCAAAAUUACUUUUUAGGCUGCGUGUUUCUAUUCAAGCAGUUUAAUUUCUCAAUCUAAUUGGCUCAAAACGUACAAUCUACUUGGCUAUAUAAUUAAUUCCUGUUUGCUACUUUGAUAUGGAAGAAUUCAACAUUUACUAUAAUUUUUUGUCAUGCUAUGUCUGCAUUGGGUAAAAAUAUGUAUUUUUUCGCUUUUAAAUCAAGCAGGCAGGCAAAGAACUCCCUUGAGUGAAAUUCAUCCCAAAAUCGAUAUAGCUUUUAUUGCCAUUUGUUAAAAUUCUGUCUGCUGUUGUAUAAGACAACAAAAUUAAACUGAGGAAAAAGCCUACUUUGCUGAUAUAAGUAACUAACUGAAGACUGAUUUUAAUUUAAAUCCCUAAAAAUCAGAACAUUUUUGUCAAAGUGUGUGUUGAAGUUACAGCCAUAGACCUUGUUAUCAACUUGAUUAGAGGCAGCUGAGCUUUAUCUCAAAUCAGCAAGUUUUUUGUUUUUCUGAUGACAAUGACGAUGACCAUCAAUCGAUGCAAUCACGAAAUUAUCUAGAAAGAUAAGGUCGGAGCUGAAUUUAAAACAACGGGUGACUCAAAACUUCGUACAUUAUCUUCCUUGUUCCGUGUUUCAUAUACAGAACAAAAGGAAGUUAUUUGACGUCACUUUUUUCCGAGCUAUUUUAAUUUAUGAGUGAUUCUGUUUUCGAGCUACUGUACUUCUGUUUUAUUUUAUUGUUUUGCGAUAUUCAAAUUUCAGUUUUGAAUUGAAUUAUUGAAUUAUACUCCAAAAAGCACGAAGUAUCACUAAUGAAAUUUCCUUCCCCUGGGAGCUGAUUUUUCCCUUCAAUGACCGAUGCAAAAAAACUUAUCAAUUGAUAGCCUUUCGCAAUGCUGUUUUAAGCUUCAGUUAUUUAGAACAAAGAAAGAAAUAAAAAAGGAAAUGGAUUUUCAAGUGAAAGAGCAACAAUUAUCACCUUACAUUCUUCAAAUAGGAGUUCUCCAAAUUUUUCGUUUGAUUUAACCAAAUUUGAAGCGGAAAUAAAGAAUACCACUCUGUGCUAUUACAACUGAAUUUUUUGAGCUGAAAAAAUUUGAAAAUGAGUUCAAAAAUGAGCUCAUUAGUGAAUUUACUUCAUUUGAGCUUCGUGGUUCCAAAACUGAUUAUAAUUUUUGUCACUUGGCCGCUUUUAAUCGAUAGCGGAAUUCAGCACAAGUCGAACGUCAUUUACAUGACAGAGGGAAUCCCUUUAGAUUUUGUACGAGACAAACAGUUCCUCAUUGAAAAACGAAGUCUCCCCCCAAGUGUGACCUCGACGUUGGAUAUCGGGGUGAAAAUAGCCAUGGAAAGUAUCACAGAUAUCACCAAUAUCGAUUCAACAAUUGACCUUUACAUGACUCAAAUAUGGAACUCAAAUCAAACGAGAAAUGAGUCCUUAAAAUUAAGCGGCGAAGACAUCGCCAAUUUCGGCUGGACCCCUGACACCUACUUUAUACUGGCUAAAACAGUAAUCUAUAACAACAUAGCUCAAUAUUUACAUUUCGAGACUUCGGGCCAAGUGACGUUUGACCAGAAAAUAAGAGUUACGGCUCCUUGCAAGCCGGAUAUCUGGUACUUUCCCUUCGACAAUACAAGUUGUCGGAUCAUUCUGUCGAGUUACGGUUUCUCCAAGGAGUUCAUAUCUCUGCACUGGAUGGACGCCGGCGUGGAGUUCCCAGUCGCUUACGACAAACUGUCGGAGCUGGGUUAUGAGAUCCUGAACAUGUCGGUGUCCACUUAUGAAGCUGCCUAUGGCAAACAGCACUUUGUAAUCCUGGAAGCUCUGAUCAGUCUGAGACGCAUCAGCUCCAUCUACCUGUACCAGGUGUACGUGCCAGCAGCCUCGCUAGUACUAGUCAGCUGGGUCACUUUCUGGAUCAAUGGAGACAACGCUGGAACCCCCGCCAGAGCGUCAGUCGGGGUGAUGACAGUUCUUUCCAUGCUCACUAUCUGCAGAGGUCAAACGGACACGACUAACAUGGCAGUGAGUCGGGAACCGAGACUGCUCGACGUCUACAUCUGGGCCAGCUUCAGCUUCGUCAUCGCCGCCAUGAUCGAGUUCGCCCUGUCCGACUUCUUCCGAGAUCCCAACUUCGGCGCCCCCGGAAUAUCCCCCCUCCACAUCCCCAGAUACAAGAGGACUAAUCUGAAGAUAGACAGAUGUGCCCAAAUAGGGUUCCCACUCUCUUUUUUACUCUUCAAUGUGGUCUACUGGGGCUACGUGUUUUGGCACACGCAGAAGUUCGCGUCUCUAGCCAAUAAUUGGGAGGGUGAUACAAUGAAAGCAACUGACCUUUGAACUUUGACCCUUAUCUAUGAUAUAAUCUGAAUAAUGUACUCUGCUAAAAUUUUGCAGUUAGUUAGCUCUGUUUUUAUCACUUUUGUGCAAUUUUGAUUCAAAAUUAGGCAAAUUUUUGUAGAAUUUGUAUUUUAUUUUAGGUAAAAUGACUUUCU